CGCCAUGAGAUGAUGCAAUGAUUUGGAUGACUCUAAAUGAAGGGGCCGUCAUACUACUAGACUUUCCUCACUGGCGAACGCAAAAUUUAAUGCGCACUCUAAGCGCAGCGGCAACACAGAGAAACCUUUUUCGAACAUAGAGCACCCUCUUACGUACCAAUAAAUGUUUGUGCUUUGCUUUCUUUCUCUUCACAGAUCACACAAACCUGUUACCUUUUACAUCGACGGAACCAAGAGUCAGAUGCUGCGAAUGGUCCGGGACCUAGCUGAGGCGGUCAAUGGGGGCAUCAUUCUUCAAGAUGACAUCACAGUCAAGCUCAUCGACGACUAUUUGGCCUUGGUCGAGUGCGCUGACGUGAACAUGCUGAUGCGGUGCGCGGGUUCUCGGUUCAGUGACUUCGCCGUUCCACAGUGCAGCUAUGCCUACCUGAACAUGGAGCCCAAGUUGUGGGAGGAACUGAGUUUCUGGAACUGGAUUUGGGCGUUUCUUAUGUACCAGCUGCACUGGCCCGCCAUUGAGGCUGUGAAAAAAAGACACGACGCAAGUGUGUACGACAGAAACUUCGGGGGAAAUCCAUCUCAAGUGCUUCGUCAGCGCAAGUUCAUGAUGCAAGUCCAGAUGUCGAAGAUGGCAAGUGUGGACGCUAUCGUCGGGGUGCACGUGAACCCAGAGACCCGCAGCCCGAGCUCAACUUUGGUUUUCGGUCCCGAACAGCGUGCCUGCAAAUCCGCACUCGGGAAACGCCUUGCUGAAGGAGAAUCGAGUCUCGCGUUGUAACGAGGUUGCACGAGAGAAAAAUGGCAGGCGAAAUCCAUCUGGGCAUCCAUUGCUGACACUCUCAACCAGUUGUACGCUCUCAUUGGGCGAAAAAAUAAAAUGAGCCGGAUCGA